UGUCAUUCAGUACAAACCGUCACGCAUGCCCACCGGAGGCCGAGACCAUAGAAAUAGUGACGCCUGAAACUCCGGAUUUGACCACGCCCACAGAAACACCUUGGUGCCACUGAGGCAGUUCGAUUACCGGGCUAUGGCCCGAGACAUUACUAGGAAGAGGAAUGAGCGCCCUUCUCAAAUUGAACGCUUGUCCAAGCGAGACGUGUUGACAUCGUCCAAAACAUUUCGCACAACAGUCGGGAAGAAAAUGAGUCUUCCAGACUCCAGAUCGCCGGGCAAACAGUAUUCUUCGGGGCAACUGAGUUGUUCUGUAGUGCUGCUGAACGUGGGUGGUCAUGUGUUCACCACGUCUCUGUCUACGCUGCGUAAACACCCCGACUCUCAGCUGGCCUCCAUGUUCAGUAGUGGUCAGCAACCCAAACUGCCCACCGACGCCAAGGGACGCUACUUCAUCGACCGCGAUGGGACGCACUUCGGAGCCAUUCUUCAGUUCCUACGCACCCAGCGCCUGCCCACAGAGAGUGUUCUGGAGGUUUACCAGGAGGCGCUCCACUAUGACAUCAGAACCCUGGUGAAGCAGCUGCAGGACUCAGCCCAGGUGUUUGGAGAAACAGUGGGGAGGCAGCAGUUCAUCUCCAGGGUCCCCAACUACCUGGAGAACCUGGAGGUGUUGGUGAGAGUGGCCCGAGCGGAAGCCAUCGCUGCCCGUCACUCUGCUGUCAUCGUGUGUGUUCUGAGGAACGAGGAGGACCUGGGUCGCUAUGACAAUGCCAUCAACAACCUGGAGGAACAGGAAGUGGUGCGGUUCGGACCGUGGAAGGCCCCUCCGACUGCCAUUGACCUGUUGGACUGCAUCAAGAUGGAUGUGGAGGCCAGGGGAUACAAAGUGAGAUAUGAGCCUCACAGCUCAGACCGAGGCUUUCUGUUCAAGUCCAAUGAUGGCUUCCUCUAUAAACUCAUCUUCACCUGGUGGUAACAGAAUGACAGAAGAAGUGUGUGGUGUAGAACAUCUAUGGAUGCCUUCUGAUUCUCUACCCUUCUCCAGAAGUGUGCACUCCCCCUCAUGCAUUUAAAACAAUUGGAUUGGUGCAAACAUGUCUGGAUGGUGUUUCCACCUUAUUCAUUACACCAGCCCGUUCCUUUUAAAUCCACGAGGGGGACUGUAUGAGUGCACACUUCACCCUUAAAGUUGCCCAGACAGAGACAUGCACAGAGAUCCUAUUAAAUUACUAUUAUAUUAGAAAUGAAUUAGACCCUAUUAAAGUUCUAAUAUGUCAUUCUAUGGAGAUGUGUAUGUAUAGAUGUACAGUCCUUUAUGUAUUUAUUUGGACAGUGAAGCUAAAACGUUUAAUUUGGAUCUAUACUCCAGCAUUUGGAUUUGAGAUCAAAU